AGUUUGAAGAGUACCAGGCGAUGCGUCAGCACGCUCCAGUCCCUGGGCACUGUAAAAGCCGACGUGACCUUCCUCCAGGAGUGCAGACUACCACACCUCCGUAACUCCCGGAGGUGGGCACGGUGGUGGAAAAAAGACCAGAAGGCGGAGGAGAAGAGUUCGUGCUGACGCAGGGGUGGAUGCUAAUGCUGAUUGGCCUCCAAUCUAACACCCCAUACCAGCGACGACAGCAGUGAGGAAGAAGAAGAUGGCAGCAGCGAGCAGUGCAUCGGCUCGAGGCCCGGAUAUCAAGAACACUGUCAGGCUGACAGUGCGAGACCGGAACGGGGGCACCAGCAUCACCCGAGAGACCGUCAUCCGGAAGGUCUUGAUGGAACGCUGUGGAUUUAUGCCCAACGUCAUCUACUGUGUCCAGGAUUUCGCAGGUUUCUUCGAUGUCACUUUCCGGCAGGCUGCAGGGUGGCAGAAGCUGUAUCAGCAGCUUCAGCUGAAGGGGACAGAGGCGCCGCUGUCUCUGCUGAAAGCACAGGCCCUCUUUACAACGGCAACCCAGCAGGAACGGACAAUCAUGCUCCAGAUGUUCAACCUGUACGUGCCAGUGGUGGACGUCCUUACAUUCCUCGCUCGGUAUGUGGAGAGCGUAGGAACACCAGCGGACGUGAAGGACGGACUGGGAAUCUGGACCAGCAAACAGCAGGUCAAGGUGAAGCUGAGGUUGGAUUCCAACGGCGGCAUCAUCCAGCCCCCCUCCGUCUUCGCCAUCAGAGGGAACGGAGGGUACACGGUGUACGCGGGGCAAUCCAGGGUGUGCCGAAACUGCGGCAAGGCAGGGCACAUCGCAGCCCACUGCAGGGUGUUGAUGUGCAAGAACUGUAAAACUGAAGGCCACCUGACCAAAGACUGCACGCAGGCCAAGUCCUGCAACCUUUGCGGACAGGCUGGCAACCUGUACAGAGACUACCCGAGGCAUGGGGGCACCUACGCACAGGCGACCAGGGAAGGUGCUGGCACUGAAAGGGCCCAGGCAGUUUCGGACGUACCCGCCAGCGCUGCAGACGAGGCACCCGACAGGACGGACGAUGAAACCAGGGAGGAAGGUGCAAGCACCCCAAGACCUGCCACCCCGCUGCAGACCCCCCAGGACCAGGCAAACGACAAGCAGGAGUCCAUGGAGGAGGGGAGAGCUGAGGUGGAAACUGAAUGGAAGGUCGUGAAACGUAAAAAGACCCAAAAGGCCGCGGCCAAGUGACAGAAGGCAGAGGAUUACAAGAAAAGGGCAAGGAACCACACAGCCU